AUGACCACGGACUGGGACUCUCCGUUAAUUCAGAUAUUCAGGCUGCGGACGUGGAACAGCAUCCGAAACAUUGACAUUCUCACCAGCUUUAUCCUCGGGAGACCCAAGAGUCUGCCUCCCGUGCGGCAUGAUACCAACGAGAUGGAGAUGGCCCGUGAGGCAGCACCAGAAGAUACGCAAUCCGCGUUCACUGCGAUUCUCAAGGGGUCUUCGCUGCUGGAGGACAUAGUCAACAAACUCAGCAAAGGCAACAUGCUUCACGUUCCCACUGCCGAGGGUCUCCUCGAGCAGCUUCGCCAAUGGAUCCGGGCUUUACCUCCGACCUUGCGUCAAUUCACGUCCACCUCUGGUGAUGGGUCCUGCCUAGACUUCGCAGAUCGACAACUACUUGCUGGAAAUAUACACCUUUCGUGCGUGUACUAUUUCGCAGUAAUACUCAUCACUAGGCCGUUUCUGAUAGCGUAUUUGAUGUCGCGGCUUCGCGGCAGAGCGCCCGAUCAACUUAUCAGUGAUCCGGAGGAAGCGACCGAUGUUAGAAUCAAGAAUAACACGGUGUCGAAGCUUGCGCAAGUCUGCGUGAGCUCCGCCGUUUACAUGGCCGACACGUGUGCGAAAGCCAAGGCGUCGAACUUCACUUUCGGCAAUCUGUGCAUGCUCAAAGCCUGGAUCUUCGGUGCAGGUCUCGUGCUCGGCUUUUCCAAAUUCGCAGGCGAGCCUCGCAGGGACAUUGAAGACGCUUUCGAAGGCGCAUGUGGUGUUCUACAGAGCAUCGGUGCCUCAAGCGCACAGGCACGACUCUACCACGAGAUCCUGACCAGUCUUGCCGAGGCCGUGAGAAAGUACCACAACCGAGUGUCGGGCGAAGUGAGUCAGACGGUCGAGCGUUACAUCGACAAGAUCCUGAUCCUUGACGUUCCGCGGGAUGCGGGCCAGCAUCAUUCCAGUGUCAGCUCUACCUUUACAAAUGGGAACUUGAACGAGCCGCAGCUUGCAGGCGCCACGAGCAACGCUCAUGGGAACGUGUUUGCAGUUAAUGCCGAGUAUAACAUGGAAGGGGCGCAAACACUGGUGGAUAUGGCGGUGUAUGGGGGGAUUCAGGGCGAAUGGGGGGAGUUUGAUCUGCAGCUGGCCAACGACUUUAUGGUGGACGUUGAACCUUUUGAGAAACUAUUCUAUAGCGUCGAAUGA